UUUUACCAUUGCUGUAAAUGAAAAAUGUCCGUUAUUUUAACUUGAUUUUAUUUUCAAACAUUUUUAAAGUUUUUAAUUAUAAUAAGCAUGUUUUCUCGUUUGACUCUGUAAUUAACACAACGUGAAGUAAGCAUGGAUUCUUCAUUUGUAUUGCUAAGCUCAAUGUCUCCAAUAAUUAACAAAACAACCAGAAAUGUACAAGUUUCCACUCCUAGAUUAUUGGCAUUAAGACGAAACAUUCGAAGAUCAUCACAUAUUGACAACUUACGAAAAUCGCUGCCUUUUGCCGAUACUGUGAUAUCCAUCGAAAGCAGUACCACAGAGACUGUCAGUAGUGGACACUCGAAGCCCAAUUUUAUAAAUUCUAGUCCCAUAGUUAUAUCGGAUUCGGAGGCAGAGAAGGAUAUUAUUGAAAGGAAGUCCAACGAAAGGGUUACUUUUGAUAAAACAAAAUUUUUAACGAUUAGCGAUUGGGUUAGAGAUGUUAAUUCGCAAAAUCACAUCACUCCAAAUGACGCAGCCACAACAUGUGGUUCAUUUAACUUUAACAAGGUUUUGCAUAGCUUGCCCAAUCCUGAUAGCUUUAAAGAUCGACACAAUACUAAGUCCGACUGUCUUAGUAUCUCGUCUAGAUCUCAAAUAUCGGAUAGUUCAAACGAAUUUCAGACGAAAUUAUUAGAUGAGCUAUACAGUGAUACGUGGCGAAAUUUAAAAAGUGACGUUCUGCCUAAGUCUGCACCAAAUAGUACAAAGAAAAGUAGUACAAAAACAAAUCUCAAAGUAAGGGACCACAACCAAGUUUUAAUUUCUCCGUGGACUAAGUUUGUUCGAGACGUAUACGAUUCAGAUAGCUCAGAGGAUAAAGAAGAGACACGCAGAAGUGGCAAUUCUGGAAGCAGUAAAAGGUCCAAUAUUUCAAAGGGCAGUAACCGACGAGCCGAACAGAGUGUAGGAAAUAAUCAAACACCAAAUGGGUUCAAAACACCUCGAAAUACUAAGCCUGUAUGUCGUAGCACAUCAUCACAAUCGCAUAGUUCUACUGAAUUUUAUUGCGGUAUUAUACCAAAGUCUCUGCCGAAUAGUAGAGGGGUGGAUCUUGAACUAAGAGGCAAAGGUAAAGCUGGUAUUUCACCUUGGACCAAAAUUGUUCAAAAUUUGUGCGAUUCAGACAGUUCAGAAGAGAAUACCAAUAUAGGAGUUUCAUUAAAGUCGUGGUUCGAUGCUGACAAUAAAAAUACGCAUUCUCGCAACUCUGGACAAAGCUCUAAUAGUAGCGCAACUGGUAGUUCAAAAGGCAGUAAGCGAAAGUUUACAAAGCCAUCAAAGGAAAAUGUAGGUGUUACUAAACCUACAAGUAAGGCGGAUGGUAAAGCUACAAAGGUCAGAAGUAAUGAGAAAAAAGAGCCGCUUAGCAGCUUGGAUAACAAUAAAUUGAAGCAAUCUGUUUUGAAGCCUAUACCUGUACCAGCCAACACAUAUAAAACGAAUUCGUGUCAAAGUUUUUUGGCAUCAUUAUCAAGUACUGUGAAGAUUUCACAAUGCGAUCCAUCGGCCAGACUCUUUCGAAAUAAUUUCAAAAAUUUCAAAAACGAAUUGUUAACGAGGUUGUUUAAAUUGUACAAUGAAAAAGUGUUUGAUAAUAAAAUUCCCGAAGAUACUCCUCUCGAAUGGAAUGAUAAAAUGAUACGGACCGCAGGUUUUUGUUACUGCAGAAAAAUAACAAGACGCACAGGCAUCAUCGAAAGGAAGGCUCGAAUCGUUUUAUCAACGAAGGUAGUGGACGCCUGUAAUCGAUUAAGGGAUACUUUAAUUCAUGAGUUGUGCCAUGCUGCUACGUGGAUUAUAAAUGGUGUGGACAACGGGCACGGAGAGUUUUGGAAAGCUUGGGCUACCAAGGCUAUAACCGUCUUUCCUGAGCUACCGCCAAUUAAACGAUGCCAUGAUUACGUUAUCAAUACCAAGUACACAUAUCAAUGCAUAGAUUGUGGAUACAGCAUUGGUCGCCAUACAAAAUCGUUGGACGUUGAACGGAAGUGCUGCGGGUAUUGCUAUGGAAAAUUCGAAGUGUUCUUGAAUAAAACAAACAAAGAAGGCGAAACAAAAAGUGUUCGAGCAACACCGAAGAAAGCUCCAUCUGGUUUCGCGCUGUUUGUCAAGGACAAUUAUGCCACGUACAAAACGCCACAGCUUAACCAUGGACAAGUAAUGAAACUGCUGGGUCAGAAAUUUAACGAAGUCAAAGUAUCCCUGUGAAUGAUGGUGGGACACAGUAGCGUCCGGUUUUUAGACAUACAAGAUUUUAUACUUGUAAAAUAUAAUUUUUAUACUA